AGGAUGGUCACCUGAGAGAAACGUCAUUUGUUCUAUCGGCUUUUGGAAAACAAUUUACUCUUGAUGUCAGGCUAAAUGAGGGCUUAUUUCCAGCAAGAUACAUUGAGAUGUCAUAUGCACAUGAUGGUGAAGCUGUCACUAGGAAGCCACACCCACAUCAUCACUGUUACUAUCAUGGAGAAGUAAGAGAAGCUAACGUGUCAUCGGUCGCACUCAGUACUUGUAAUGGAAUCAGUGGAGUGUUCACGGCAGAUGGUGAUAGUUAUUAUAUCGAACCACUACUCGAGGCAGACGAAGAACACCUCAUCUACAGACCGCAGGAUAGGCGUGACAAGAAAACAUGGGUGUACGACAUGGAUUCAUCUCAUGAAGAGCAUUACAAGCAAGAAGCGUCGGAGCCGACCCUCGGGCAUCGAACCCGAAGAGACAUCCAUUCUGAAACUAAAUUUAUCGAGCUAGUCAUUGUUAAUGACUAUCAAGAGUUUGUACGCUAUAAUGGGAACAUUACACAUGUGGAAGCCAGAAGCAAAGAAAUUGCUAAUGUUAUGGACAUGAUCUACCGUCCAAUGAACGUGAGGGUAGCGCUAGUGGGCGUAGUCACAUGGAGUCAAACCGAUCAAUUUAUCGUCGAGUCAAACCCCGGAAUUACCAUGGGUGAAUUUCAGAGAUGGAGAAAAGACGAACUACUCGGCGUCAUCAAGAACGACAAUGCUCAAUUUAUAACGGGUGUGUCAUUCGAUGGAAGUACGGUCGGGAUGGCCUCGCUCGGGACGAUGUGUUCAGAUGAAAGAUCGGGCGGAGUCAGUCAGGACCAUGACAAGAAUGCUGCUGUUGUUGCCAGCACAGUCGCCCAUGAGAUGGGUCAUAACCUCGGCUUCAUACAUGACACCACCGAUGGGUGCCAGUGUGAUGCCCCGUCUAAUGUUGGUUGUGUGAUGGAGCCCUCUAGUGGAUCGGUUCCACCUACAAACUUCUCAUCCUGUUCUUACGAGUACUUGGAGACUUCCCUUGAGAAAGGUCUAGGAGCGUGUCUAUUUGACUACCCUGAUCAGAUCUUUGAUGGACCUAUCUGUGGCAAUGGAUUCCUGGAGGUUGGAGAGGAGUGUGAUUGUGGAACAGUAGAGGAAUGUGACAAUGAUUGCUGCAUUGCUGCAACCUGUCGUCUACACGAGAAUGCAACCUGUGCUAUCGGUGGAUGCUGUGAAGACUGCCAACUCAAGAAAGCUGGCGAAGUCUGCAGAGAUCUUAGUAACAUGUGCGACCUCCCAGAAUACUGUACAGGUCUCUCUGCUGAGUGUCCAGCUAAUGUAUACAGACAGAACGGGGAGUCUUGUGCCAAUAUGGAGUAUGCCACCUGUUACGACGGUCAAUGCUUGACCUUUGAUGACCAGUGCAAAAAGAUCUGGGGGGACGGAGCCAGGGUAGCGCAUGAAGACUGCUUUGAUUUCAACACCCAAGGUAGCUCAUUUGGUAACUGUGGGGGUACUAGUCCAUCCUUCCUACCUUGUGAAAGAAGUAAUGUAAAGUGCGGCAAGCUAAUGUGCAGUGGAGGGGAAUCCUACCCUGUCCUGAGUUCUCUAGCCAAGGCCAGUCAGGGUUACAUCUGGGAUCAAAACAACAACCAGCAAACCUGCAAGUCAGCAUCUAUCGACCUAGGUCAGGAUGUACCGGAUCCGGGUUAUGUCGCCACGGGAUCGCUAUGUGCACCAGGAUUUGUAUGCAGUGAUUUCAGAUGCCAGAAUUUGUCAGCGUUGAAUAUCAGGGCGUGUCCACAGGGCUGUAAUGGUCAUGGGGUAUGCAACAGCAAGAACCACUGUCAUUGUGACCCUCAGUGGAAUCCACCUCUCUGUAACACACCUGGCUAUGGGGGCAGUAUUGAUAGCGGACCUGCCAGAGCCACAGACCAACCAGUAACUUUAUAUCCUAAUACACUCUCGCAAAGCACCAAAUCUCUCAUCACAAGAAAAAUUAUUGUCCGAGGUGGUCCUAGCUCCAACAUGGUGAUCGUACUCCUGGUGAUGUUCCUAUGCGUUCUACCGGGGCUGGCACUGAUCGGGAUCCUCGUCUACUGCAAGAGACAGACUCUUUCCAAAAUGUUGUCCAAGGGAACUACUAAACAAAGCUAUUCAUCAAGCAACUAUCGCAGUCAAGACAAACCUGCGCCUGGGCCUACGCGUCCUGCACCAGGUCCUACACGCCCUGCACCUGGCGCUACACGCCCUGCCCCUGUGAAACCUACGAUACACCACACACAUCUACACGACUCAUCCAAUGUCUUUAAAUUCCCUCCUUCAAGUGCAUCUUCAGCUGCUAUCACACCCGCACGACCAGCACCGGUACCGACAAGAACUCAUGCAACACCUAUAGUCCACCGGCCUGCACCGACAGUAGCGCCAGCUAAAAAACCAACUGCAAGUAUAGCACCGUUGAAAGCAGUGCCCGCACCAAAACCAGCAAAGCCUCCUGUACCGUUAAACAAGCCUCCUAGCCCAGCUAAGAGUGCUCCUCAGGUAUCGGCGCCAGCUCCAAAAGCCAUCAGAGUACCACCCAAACCUCCCUCUGUACCAUCUAGUGCCAAACCACAAUUCAGGUUACCACCUCCUAUAGAAUCUAACACCGAGAAACCUACUGCACCGCCAGGACUACCCACAAAACCUGCCCUCAAGCCAACGGUGCCAAAGGUACCCCUAAGACCAACCCCUGUUACGAGGCCAAAACCAAACGUGAAUCGAAACAAUUCCACAGAACUUGACGAAAGCUCGAACUUUUCACCGACGAGUAAAGUCUCGGAACCCCCCGCAAGAGAGAAGUCGGUGCCAGUGCCAGAUAAACCCCUUGUAGCUCUUAAACCAGUACCACCCAAAAAGCCAGCUGUACCAAACAAACCAAGUGUACCAUCCAGGCCACCUGCUCUUAAACCACCUGUCAAGAAGGACCCUGUUGUAUGACGAUAGCAUCUCAAUGAUGUAGGCUUUUAUUAAUUAAUGAACACUUUAUCAUCGGUACUUUAGGUCUUUUCUAUGAUUCCAGUGUAUUUAAGACGAAUAUUGUAUGUUUUUCUCGGUUGUAAGAUAUUACUGCCUGUGUUGCGCAGAAUGUCAUUUCCAUUAUGGCAGAAAUCUUUACAAACCUUUAGAGUAUUGAUUGAAAAUAAAUCAAUACAAAUUUUUGUGUGUGCAAUAGAUAUUUGUCACCAAAUGCCAGAUAACAAUGUUAAACAUCAUUAAUAAAAUAUUGAAAUUUACCUGCUUGGUUAUAUUCCAUACCAUAAAGCCUUUGAUUUCUGCCAUAAUGGAAUUGUCAAGAUAACUCUGUUCUUUCAUGUAUGUGUAUUUAUGAAAAAAAUCAUGUUUUUCUGGUUUGUAAACCACUGUAAGUCGACAUUUUGCAAUGAUUAAAGCAUCUGCCUAAAUGUUUCAUGCUAGUUAGUUAUCAAACCUUGUCUGAUAUUUUUGAAAAUUCAAAAAUAUAUUAUUAUAUUUAAUUAUAUUCCUUUUUAUGUUAAUAAUUGUGAUGAUAAAUAUAACAGCUUGGUAUAUUACCUGGUGCAAAGUCGUCAUUAAGAAAACAGAAAAUUGCCCAAUAUCCCUUUUUCACUUUCACUUCAUAUUCUGGUUGGUUUUAAAAUCAUGCGGGACUUUCCAAGGGACUUCUCUAAACAUUCCCAAGAGGAAGAAAUUACAGAAUUCAGUAAUCUGUUGAUUUAAUUAAGUAAAAUUGUACAUUUCACCCAUUUUUGGUAUAUUACAGGGUAUUCACAGUGAAGCGCACAUCUCAACUUUUCCACCUCUCACAUCUAUUUUGUCCAAAUUAAAAUUCAAUAUUCGAUGGAAAAUUUCUGCGUGUGAAAAAAAAAUAGGAAACCGAAUACAUGAAAAUGUCAAUGUGGUACAUGCGCAGCAAAAUCUGUGAAACGAACAAGGUAUGUAAAUAUAGUUAUAUUUAAUUUAUCUUAAAUAAAAAAAUGCUGUGAUUUGAUUAUUUUUUUAAUGAUUUGAAAACAACAGCAACCUUAUUAAGUCCAAUGCUCAUCUUUAUAACUGUAAGUUUACAAAUUACUCUUUACACACUACUGGUGACCCUUCCUUGUUAUUAAUGAUUCAUCUCUACGUAGCCAACUUAACACUUAAGAACAUGUUCCAGUUGUCCGUGAAGUUGUGCAUAACUUUACGAGCAGCUUUAUGAAACUCCACCCAGGUUGUAUCAUGCUGAAGCAUGUUAUCUAUCUAAGAGACUUUUACAUAAAGAGAUGCAAUUGAUAUUUAUGAUUGAUUGUAACUAUUUGUGCAUGAUUUGCCAUUGACAUACAAUCAUGCUUGAUUGAAUCAUUGAUUGCAUCUUUUGAUAUCACAGGGCCUAGCUGGUAUUUGUGUGUGAGUAAUGAAUAACGGUAAUAUCUUGUGCUGAAACAAUGUAAGACAUUGAGGCUUUUGAAUUAAAUAGAACUGGAAAAACUGCCCUAAAAUGCAUUCAAUAAACCAAUUCUACAAACAUAGCAAAUUUUGGCUGCUGAGCUCAAAAAGUCAUCUUGGAAAACAAAAUCUUUGUCUGCUUUUGUGGUAUUCUGUUGCCAUGGCUUAUCUUUAGAAUGUUGUUCGUCCCUUUGCUGAAGUUUUGGAGGGGUGUAUGAAUACCUUGAUUUAAUGAUAUUUUGUUUUUCUGGGGUUAGGUUUGGGGAUUGAUAGGAUUUUCUUUUCAUGUAGAAUGCAAUUUAGUAAAAUUGGGUGCCAAAAGUGGAGGAGACUUUUGGGCAUUAUGACAAAUAAAAAAUGGUCACUAAUAAUUUUCAUCUUGUUUCAUUGACCUAGUUAAUGUUUUUAAAAUAUGCUUGAAACAAUUUUGAGAAUGAUGAAUGUAUUUAAAAGUUAAUACCACAUAUUAAUACCACUGUCAUCAGAUUCAAUCAGACUUGCCCAUUCAUCUAAUACGCACAUUUUCCACUCCCCGAGGAAGUUUUGAGGGUUUUUUUCAGAUUUGAAGAUUUAUUUCAUUUGUAUUACCAUUUUUAUUAUGUACACUGUACAGUAUAUGCUUAAUAUCUGUUGAGUAAUGUUAUAUUUUAUAUACAUUUUGUUCAUUCCGUUUUUUGCUGCUUUUCUUGUUAUUUUCAGUAUCCUUGCUGGACAGGGUAUAUUUGUCUUCAUUUUAGAAAUGAAAACUGGCUUCAUUUCUAGUAGGCCUCUACAUCUCAGAUAUUUUUUUUUCCAACUCAAAAUGUAUUUAUAGUAAAAUAUAGAUUUGUUUUCAAUAUUCAUAGAUAUGAUUCAUCUAAUGUGCUAUGCUUACCACAUGAACUUAGAAAUAUCCAGUCACCUAUUUUUAAUCAGUUUAUUCACUUUUUUGUAAUUUCCAUAUAAAUCUUUUUGGUGGUAUUAAGCAUCUCUGCCAGAUUGAACCCCUGUGUAUUACUCACUAACUUACAAAUUAAGAUACUGGAAAAACUUUAAAAUGUUUAACUUUAUACUAUCAGCUCCAUGAAUCAUAUUAUUUAUACAAGACAUUAUGUUGUAAGUAAGAUAUGUUCUUUAAAGUUAUGUUUGUAACCCUUUGUUAACCGAUUGUACUUUGGCCUUAGAGGUCUUGAAAUGAUAAGCCCAAGGAUAUCCUUGAUCAUUAUUAAAAGUAAGAGACAAACAAAAUUAUGUAAAUAACAUAUACAAAGUCUUUGUAUUUGUUCUCUACCCUUUGUUAAGAUAUUAGACCAAGGUUUGAACGUUUUCAUUCUUGAGAACUGGGCUAAUUUAAAGAACUCAGUCAUCCCAAUAUUGUUCCAUUAUUUAUGUAUUUCAUGUAUAUGUCUUUGUUCUGUUCAUAACAGAAGGUACUAUAGGAAUGAAAGAUGCAUUUAUACAAAAAAAUCUGAACAGUUCCUUCGAAACAUGUCACUAAAUUUCUGGAAUAUAUUUCAGUGAUGACUAAUUUUUUACAAUUAAUGAAUUUCACUCGCUCGAGAUUUAACAAGUCUGUGGAGUUUCUGCAGAUUUACUGUUGCUCUGUAAAAGCUAUCAGAAAAUUUUGUUGAGAUAUCUGAAAUGUAAUAUGUUGUGUCGAGAAACCAUAGUGAAUAUGUAUGGUUCGUAAUGUGAUAAUAUGAACAUCUCAUUGAUAAAUUGUUGCAAUUAUGUGAUGGGAAGUGGAGAAUAAAGCAUUUUAUAUUUAACAAAAUUA